CAUUAUUGUUGUAUGACUGUCUGUGGUACACACCUUUCUCACAAUUAUAUCAUUAAUAUACGUUUUUCUGCCAUUGCAUUAUAGAGACUGAGACAAGAUGCAGGACAAUCUAAAAAUGAUUGCCGAGAUGUGCGUUAUUCUUAAGCGAUAGUUCAGCAUUUGUUAAAUUAGCCUAUUUCUGUAAUCCCCAUAGUCAUAUGAGCACCGUAGGUAAAUUCCAUUUAAUUAUCAGUGCCUGUUAAUUUCUCGAGGUGAUGUGUGUGUUGCACAGUGAACACAAUGGAGGUGAACUAAACAUGCGCUGUUUGAAAUCACUCAUUACAGCGCGAUGUCUGAAAUGAUGUUCCAGCUUUAUUUUUGGCACGAAAAACACUCGGGUAAUGUUCAUUAUUUCAUUCUGUGGUGAAUGCACAGGUCACAACUUCUCUAUUCAGUCUUUUGGAGUUGUUGGAUGAUAUAUUGUAAAUAUUUAAAGUUUUGAGGAACAGCACAUUAAUUUACCUUCAUUGUUUUCUCUGUGCAGCAUGUCUUUUUGUCAUGGGUCUUAAAGCACCAGGCACUGAUAAAAUAAAGAGAAAAGUCAAACUCAUAUGUCAGUAGGGAUUAUAACGUUUAAUAUACUGUGUUUUAAUGUGUAAUCUUACACAGCAUGUUAUAAUAAAUGUGGAAUAUGUUCUAAUAUUACUGCAUACUACAUUAAAGCCUACUGUCUUUGCUGUGUUUUCAGAUGCAAACAAGAUCAAAAAAGAGAAGGGAAAUACUUGAGACGGAGACAGCACAAAGCCCAGGUCCACCACAUCCCUUUCAGUCAACCCCAACAGACAUUACAAGUAGUAACAUUGGACAAAGACAAAACAGAAGUGAGCUUAGUUUACCGAAGCCCCCGUUUGAAGAGGCCGAUACACUUGUGUGGGAUUCCGAUGACGAUGGUGUGGUGGUUGUAAAUUUUAACCAUUUUGAGGGAGAUGAUGUCAUACAGAUUGCUGAGGUGAGUGGAGCCCCUACACAGGUUAUACAGCUUCUAGCACCUUCAGGCGAUGGCCUAACUGGACUGGAUGAGCAGCUAUUCAUACGUGAGGAGGCAGCGCAAACUGCUCAGGUAAGACACACCAUUUUAACUUUGAUGUUCUCAAGGUUAUCUUGUACUGGGGUAAGAGAUCACACAUUUUGAAUAGAAAGCAGUUUGACGAGGGGGUUUGUGACAUCAUAUAAAAUAUGCUUGGGUUUUCUUUUUAUGUGAAACAUAGGACCCAAAGCUACUUCAACCUUGGCACAAACAUGGUAAGGGCUACUUUGGCUUCUGCUUUACUCAUUAGUCACUCGCUCUGUUUUUUAUGUAUUUUGUUCUUCCAGCUGGACAGUGAGCUGAAUUUGCCAUCGGAUUCAAGCAGCCAGAUUUCUUCAACAACAUCGUCCAGCAUCGCAGGAAAUCCACAGACCAUGCGGCGUGCUUCAAUUUGCAGGAUAAAGGUUGUCGAUGAUCUUUUGGCUGUAUUUACCGACAGCAGCAUCAUGAAUGUGACUUUAAAGAUGGAUUUUGUAAACGAAAAAGCCGUUGAUGAUGCUGGUGUGUCUAGGGAGGUGUACACAGCCUUCUGGGAGCAAGUUCUUGAACAGUGUGAGGGGGAAAUGGAGCGAGUUCCAAGGCUGAGGCCAGAUUUCUCUGAGGCUGAAUGGCAAGCGGUUGGACGCAUUUGGGUAAAAGGAUUUCUCGAUCAUGGUGUAAUGCCAGUGAAGCUUUCCCUGGCUUUCAUUUUAGCAUGCAUCAACGGAAUUGACUACGUUGAUACAGAGACCUUGAUGUCAUCGUUUCUCAACUACCUGCCUCCUAUCGAAAGAUCAGCUGUUGAGAAGGCUCUCCAGGGCACAAUGGAAGAAAGUGAUCAAGAGGACUUGAUGGACCUUUUCACACGGAUGGGUUCUCAUUCCUUACCUCCACAGAAUGGCAUGAAGUCUGCCAUAGAAAUGAUGGCCCACAAAGCCAUUCUCCAAGAGCCGAAGUAUAUAGUUGAUUGCUUCUCCACUCCCAUGUCACAUGUAAAGCUGAAACUACCAGAUAAGGACAGUGUGUUAAAUCUGUAUGAGUUAAAGAAGCCCACAGGCAAAAGAGUGAUGCAACUGUUUGAAACAACAAAGGUGGUGCUGUCUCAGAGAGAACAAGCAACCUUUUACCAUCUCCAGCGUUAUGUGAAAAAUGCUGAUCAAGCCAAAGCUGAGAAAAUCCUGUGUUUCUGCACAGGUUCCUCAGUUAUUUGUGUUGAGAAAAUUAUGGUUAGCUUUAAUGCAGAAACUGGCCUCAACAGAAGGCCUGUUGCUCACACCUGUGGAGCUACACUUGAUGUACCAUGUACAUACAGUUCUUACCCAGAAUUCCGCACAGAAUUUGACAAUAUCCUGUCCAGCAACUACUUAGAUAUGGACAUUAUUUGA